AACCCCUUCUGUCUGAGCCUCUCGAUUGCUUUGCUUUACUUGCUUCGUUUUCAAGAUCAGAUCAGUGAGGGAGUCCAAGCUAUGGCCGAGAAGGUAACAAUAAUGGUGCUGAAGGUGGACCUUCAGUGCUUCAAAUGCUACAAGAAGGUCAAGAAAGUGCUCUGUAAAUUCCCUCAAAUAAGAGACCAGAUAUACGAUGAAAAGGCCAACACGGUGACCAUCACUGUCAUAUGUUGUAGCCCGGAGAAGAUAAGAGACAAGAUAUGCUACAAAGGUGGCGGAUCCAUCAAGAGCAUUGAGAUCAAGUCGUCGGCGAAACCCAAGGAACCUGAGAAGCCUAAAGAGGCGGAAAAGCAGACCGAGAAGCCGAAAGAGGCCGAGAAGAAACCUGAGAAGCCGAAAGAGGCUGAGAAGAAACCCGAGAAGCCUAAAGAGUCGGGGGAGAAGAAGGCCGAGAAACCAAAAGAAGCCGAGAAGCCUAAAGAGGGUGGGGAGAAAAAGGUCGACAAACCAAAAGAAGCGGAGAAACCCAAAGGGGCGGCGCCGGCGCCGGCGGCGAAAGCUAUGGAAGCGGCUCCUUUACCGCCGGUGGCGUAUGCGAUCGGUUAUUCAUACUUGGAUGGCUAUGGUGGUGCGGGGCCUAGCUAUUAUGGUGGACCUAGCUAUUUCGGUGGACCACCUCAACAAUCGUUUCAAAAUUACGAAACAAUUGGUAGGCCGGUCUAUGAUAGCUGGGGCAGCGGAGGCGGCUACUACAACGGGUACGGUUACGGCGGAGGCCGUGGCGGUGAAUGUUAUAGUGAUGAAAACCCACAAGGGUGCUCGAUCAUGUAAUGUAAGGAAGAACGUGUUGCUGAGCUGCAUAUUGUUUGAACUCGAAGAUACUAAUAAUCUCUCUUGUUGAAUAUGGAGUCAUUUGUGGAUUUUAUUUAUUUUUAUAUUCAAGAGUUUAU